AUGGUGGAUGUCGAGUUGACAGAUGUCGAGAUGAAAAGCCAGCGAUCUCAGCCAAGUGUACAGAGCGCAAGCAUCAAAGAAGAUUCUUCCUCGGACGAAAAUAAAUCCCAAUCCAGUUUGCUGUCUGGUGGCCCAGAUCCGACAGGCGAACAUCCAGAAUCAUCGGUACCCACACACAGUGUUGAAGCUGCUUUGGAGGACAAAGAUGAAGAUUCGAUCACGCUUCCCGCUGCAAAAUUAGAAGAGUGGUUGAAACAUGGUAUUCGAAUUUUACGAGAGAAUCGGCGAAGAACGAAGGGUGCUGGUUCUGAUCCAAAAUACGAAGCGUUAGAAAAUGAAUCAAAAAAUCCAGGUCCCCAAACCUUUGAGGCUUCUUCUCUACCAGAUAGAGUUUUUGACACACCAAUUGAUGGCCAACUUAUUCAACAAUCUAUCAAUGAGUUUCUUCCUGGACUCGGGGACCAGCAAUGGUUUACAGCGACUCAGAGAAAAUUUGUUGAUCCAUUCUUCUAUAGAGCCUGUGGGAAUCCUUUCCGUUUGAAAGAAAUAAGUCCAGACUCGCCCUUGAAAAUUACAAUUGACAAAGCCGCAUUGAGUGACUUUCAGCCCAGCGAUUUUGAUGGAUUUGGUUACUUUGGGGAAUCCCAGGACGACGAAACUUUUGAACCAUCAUUCGAGACAAUAUGGCAGAAGUAUUUCAUUAAAUUGUAUAGGUCUCACCCAUCCUUUGAUGUUGCUCAUAGCCAGUGGUACGUGGCGGUACGAAAAUCAUGGCUUCGAAGACGUUUAAUCGCAACCGCAGCUUCGAGGGAAUCUAUUAUCAUCGGGACUUGUUAUGCUCAAAUGGUAUGCAACGGUGCUACAUAUCGUGGUCAUGCAACCAUUGGAUCUGUACUUUCGUACUGUUUUCGUACUGGAGUCCUUUCAAGGGUGGUAGCGAAUAAUAAAAAAGGCAUUAGAUUGCUUGCAGAUAUCAUGCCUACAUUUGACGAUUAUCUAAGGUUAGAGCCUGAUCCACAGCCCUACCAUCACCGACCUAUUUCAUUUAGUGUAAAUUUUCGCAUGUGGCUCUCAUACAUCAAGACUGAAGAAGCUCUUGCGCUGGAGCUGCACGAGUUUAUGCUCAUUAUCCGAUUUCUUAAGGAGCAACCAACUUUCCCAAUCAGCAGAAUAUGCAAUCCUUCUUCAACAUCUCUCGUUAUUAAUGAUCUAAAUUUUAAGUCGUUAAAAGCAAUCGGCGGUCUACAAUUGGUUUGGACAGAUGUACUGGAGGAACAUUUGCUUCUCAAUCCAGAAACUAAGCAAUUGUUCGUCGCAUUUUUCGGAAGCGUGGAGGAAUUCUCAAAUGUAUUCGACGAUUCGAGGGAUUUUCCGCGGUUUCACUCUAAUGCUACGCCUAUUUGGAAUGCUUUUGAUCCCACGAGUGAUUCCGAAACGAAUGGACUCCGCAUAAUUGACGGCGUUCACAAAACGUGGGAUUUGUUAAAUUCAGCUUCGAAUGAUCACAAAAAGCUAUAUAGAUCUAUAAUUACUGAGGAUGGAUGUCCAACAGAAACACUGUGGAAGGAUAAUAAUACAAUCACCUCGUCAGAAUACUCCUUCUUGGAGUGGUAUCACAGUUCUCCUUCUCACAAGAUUGAAUUCGCCCUCCAAAAUAAAUCCGAAUUACUUUACACCCAUUUCGGCCCUCUUGAAUAUCGUGUCCGGAUCCUCCGAGAAUAUAUGGACAAGCAGAAACCGCGUGGUUUUCGACAGCUCUGGAGGGACAGCAGAGAUUCGUUCAAUUAUUAUACAUUCUGGGGAGUCAUAAUUUUUGGGGCCGUCAGUGUUUUCUUGGCAAUGGCGUCACUUGCAGUCAGCAUUGCUCAGACAUAUGCUUCUUUCAAGUCUCUUGGAUAG